UGUCAUGGGCAGUAAGUCAAUGGUGCGUGUAUGGCAAGUGUGGACAUAAGAGAUCUUGCACUGACUCUUACUACUUACUACCAGGGUCUGAGUAUUCGCUCAUCUAACAGCGAAUGGAGGUCAAGCACGCUUAUUCAAGUUGUGCGAAAAGGAAAACUAAACAAAUUUCGUCUGCUCGUUGAGGCACGAUUCAUUGAAGCCUCAUUGAUUUGUAUUGAUGACUGGGAUACUAUAAAAGACAAUCUUGGGACACCGUCUCAGAUGCCCACGCCGUUACCUCUCCCAAAGUACAUCUAUUUCACCUCGAAAACAAGCAUUGUCUGCUUCGUAAUCCUCAUCUUUGGCACAAUCAUCAUGGGUUAUGUCGUGUCAUCUAUUAACCACCGUGUUUCCUGGAUUCUAUCGAUAACGGGAUUAGCUCACUUCACCAUUGAUGCGCUUACAAGAUUAAUUACUGCUCAAGUCAUCGGGGAAUACAUACUGUGGAGGAUCCACAACCAUGCACAACCCACACCGCAGGAUACUCUGCGUGGCGAGUCUAUGGCUGCUGCCACAAUUUACAGAGGCAUUGGUCGGUUCUGGAGAGUGGCGGCGGUUCAUUGGGACUAUGAAAUGCUGAAUGGCCCCGUGUUCUAUAGUUUAAACCUACCUAUGCCUAUGCCUUGUCUUACUUGAUUCCAUUGUGCACUUUUUGUAGAACUUUUUAACUUAGUGAUAGUCUUUUACCCAG